AUGAUGUGGUUUUUUAAGAAGCUCAAUAAAGAACUUUCCGAAUUCCUGAUCCGGAGUGUUGCCUCAGAUGUCGAUUUCUAGCACAACUGGAGCAUGAUCGCUGCCCAUUACACUAGUUCGUAUCUCGCUACUUUUAACCUUUGAAAAAAUUCUGUCGCUCACUACAUAGUAGUCAAGUCGCCAUCCUACAUUUUUAGAACGAGCGUUUCCCAUAUAAGACCAGAAAGUGUAUUCUUUUUUGUCACCAUGUAAUUCACGGUAGGUAUCCUACGAGAGAAAGAACGAUUACUUCACCGGGCACAAAUGUAUAGGCAUUCAGCAUACCUUGAAGCCAGCAUCGAGCAAACGAGUAAACCACCCACGCUCUUGAUCAGUGAAACCAGCAGUCUUAUUUCUGUUUGACUCAGGAUUUGCCAAGUCUAUUUCAUUAUGAGCCACGUUCAAAUCCCCAGCGUAAAUCACUGGUUUUUUCGAAUCUAGAUCCUUGAUUUUCUCCAGGAACAGGUCCUCCCACUUCUCGCGACCUCCGAGAUUAACCAAUCCACGUCCGCUGUUUGGAACAUAAGCACCAACGAAGUAGAACCGUGUGUAUUCCGCGAUGAUCAGACGGCCUUCGUCAGCGAACAGCUCUUUAUCGAGGCCUGUCCAGACCUAAAUACAGAUGUCAAAUAUUCUUACAUUCGACACCUCAGUCUAAAAUGCACAAGGAAGGAGAAUUCCCGCAUUAUUUUAGAACUACUUGGAGCUCUGGGAAAUAUGAAAGGAACAUAUUGCAUUUUCUGAACAAGACCAAACAAAUAGCAAAAUUCGGAUUUGGGAUUCGAACAUUGGGAAAAGAGAUAGUACGAUGA